UCUGCCCCCUGUCAGUCCCUCCCCCUCCAUGUCCCCAGUCCCAUGUCACUGGCAAGUCGUGUGACACUCCAGCCGGUCAGACAGAGCCUCCCGGGUCCCACCACAUGCCAUGUCCUCCACCCGAUCCUCCAACGACCGCAGCACCCACCCCAGCCAGGGGCAAGGGCACAAGAGACCCCGGCACGACGUGGGCAACAAGGUGACAGUGGUCCUGGGGGCUCAGUGGGGCGAUGAAGGUAAAGGGAAGGUGGUGGAUCUGCUAGCCACAGACGCUGACAUUAUCUGCAGGUGUCAGGGAGGAAAUAAUGCUGGACACACAGUCGUGGUCGAAGGAAAGGAAUAUGACUUCCAUCUCUUCCCCAGUGGAAUUAUUAAUCCUAAAGCCAUUUCCUUAAUCGGAAAUGGGGUAGUCAUACAUCUUCCAGGUUUGUUUGAAGAAGCGGAAAAAAAUGAAAAGAAAGGUUUAAAAGACUGGGAAAAACGAUUAAUAAUAUCUGACCGAGCACACAUUGUUUGCGAUUUUCAUCAGGCAGUUGAUGGCCUUCAAGAAGUUCAGCGUCAAGCACAAGAUGGGAAAAACAUCGGUACUACAAAGAAAGGGAUUGGACCAACAUAUUCAUCAAAAGCAGCCCGCACAGGUCUACGCAUUUGUGAUCUUCUUGCAGACUUUGAUGAAUUUUCUUCAAGAUUUAAAAAUCUGGCAUUACAGUAUCAAUCAAUGUUCCCAACCUUGGAGGUAGAUGUAGAAGGCCAAUUGAAGAAACUUAAGAUGUACUCUGACAAAAUCCGACCCAUGGUGCGUGAUGGAGUAUAUUAUAUGUAUGAGGCUCUUCAUGGCUCUCCAAAAAAGAUAUUGGUGGAAGGCGCGAAUGCAGCUUUACUUGACAUUGAUUUUGGAACCUACCCCUUUGUGACCUCCUCAAAUUGUACCGUUGGAGGUGUUUGUACUGGACUCGGGAUUCCCCCGCAGAACAUUGGAGAAAUAUAUGGAGUUGUUAAGGCAUAUACCACAAGAGUCGGUAUUGGAGCAUUUCCAACUGAGCAAAUAAAUGAAAUCGGCAAUCUUCUUCAAACCCGUGGCCAUGAAUGGGGGGUAACUACAGGUCGGAAGAGGCGAUGUGGUUGGUUGGACCUGGUCAUUUUAAGAUAUGCUCAUAUGAUAAAUGGUUUUACUGCAUUGGCGUUAACAAAACUGGAUAUUUUGGACGUCCUAGAUGAAAUUAAAGUGGGUGUUGCAUACAGACUUAAUGGAAAGAGAAUCCCGUAUUUUCCAGCAAACCAAGAAAUUCUACAAAAAGUAGAAGUGGAAUAUGAGGUUAUGCCGGGCUGGAAAAGUGAUACAACCGGUGCCAGAAAAUGGGAAGAGCUCCCAACAAAAGCCCAGAAUUACAUCAGAUUUGUGGAGAACCACAUUGGUGUCCCAGUUAAAUGGGUUGGAGUCGGAAAAUCAAGAGAAUCUAUGAUCGAACUAUUUUAAAGUCUAGAACAUCGAACAGAGUCUUCUUUUCUGCUAUUGUCAACAAGGCGUUAGAGAGUUGGGUGUACUACACAAUAUAUUAAUUUUACUGUGUGAAUGAUUUUUCACUUUGUUACUAUUUGUGUUACAGGAAAUUGCAAUCUAGAAUGGUACAAAAUAAAUCUGGUUUGAAAUAAAAA